AUGGAGUCAGGCCCCAGAAGAAGUCCUCGCAAACGAAAGGCCUCGCAGGUCCUGGAGAGACCGGAAGGGCAUGGAGGAAGACGUCUUGUAGAUGUAACGGCUGCUACUCCUUCUCAAUCGCCGCCGACUUCCCGUGUUGAAGAAGGUGAAUGCAUCGCAUCCCUCACUUUGCGGGAAGAGGCGAGUUCAACACUGUCUGGAGAGCCAGAAUCACCCCCGGCCCAAAGCGUUGCUUCCCGAGCUUGUCCAACAACCUUCCGGCUGAGAGGGAUACCACAAGACUUUGGAACACAAGAAGACAUCCAAAACGUGUUCAAGAAUGCCGUAGGCUUCAACACAGACGUUCAUGUUAAGCUGUGCUCGCUCGCAAGCGACCCACUUCGACCGACCAAGAAGGUCGCAACCCUGCGGUUUUCAAGAAUUUCAGAUAGUAUCUGUGCGCAAGCUGCCAAAGAUGGUUGGACACUGGACACCAGCUUUCGAAAAGUAGGCGGAACCUGGACAGGAAAAGACAUGGUCCUGGAUUCUCAUUUCCACGGCUUCACGCCGUUGCACUCUUCCAAAGACGCCGAAUGCGAUUGCGACUUUGUUGCCAUAUCCGGCCUGGGCGGACAUGCCUUUGGUUCGUUCAAACAGAGAGGUGGCGACUUCAUGUGGCUGCGGGAUGCCCUUCCGGAUGACAUCCCCGGCGUUCGCGUCUUCAUUUACGGCUACAACACACGAGUGCACGGGAGCACAUCUUUCCAGAGUAUCACGGAUAUUGGGUCCAACUUCCUGACAGACAUCAAAGCGAUGAGAUAUGGUUCGAGCCGGCCCCUCAUACUCAUCGGACACAGUCUCGGAGGCAUAAUCACAAAAGAGGCAAUCAUCCAGAUGUCAGCGGGAGACCAAUCGGAUCAAGACUUACUCCGAUCGAUUCAUGGCAUACUGUUUUUCGGAGUCCCGAAUCAGGGAAUGAAUGUCCAGUCCCUGAUCCCAAUGGCGGGCGAUCAACCCAAUCGAUAUCUCAUCGAGACGCUCAACAGAGCGUCAGAAAGACUCGAUUACCAAGCAAAACAAUUUCUGAAGGUAUUUGGCUCUCAAGGCCUAGAAAUAGUUUCGUUUUAUGAGACAUCAACAUCUCCAACUGCAGAAAUGAAAAACGGUAUCUGGCGCAUGUCCGGUCCUGAUGCUGUCCUAGUUGACCGGAUAUCUGCCACAUGUGGCAACGCACAGAACGUUUAUGCAGUCGAUCGAACGCAUUCUAAUAUGGUCAAGUUUCCCAACACACACGACAGGACCUAUUUAGCUGUAGUCUUCCACUUGAAGAGGUUGAAAGAGAAAAAGAAUUUCCAGAAACCGCUUUUACCAAACUUGUCCGCGGAACAGGGAGAUUGCCUCAGGUCACUUGCAGUCAUGGAGCAAACUCGAAGAAUAGACCAGAUCGAUCCUGCAAGCGACACCUGCGACUGGGUUGUGGACCACGAAUCGUACUGGAAGUGGCUUUCCCAACCACGAAGUCUGUUGUGGAUCAAAGGCAAGCCAGGAGCUGGCAAGUCGACCUUGAUGAAGUACAUCUUGGGGACCGUGAAGAACUUGUUGUCAGAGAAAAGAGCAAUCAUCGCCUCAUUCUUUGUGUACGGCCAAGGACAGCAAACGCAAAAAACCGCCGGUGGACUCUUUCAAUCGCUUCUACAUCAAUUAUACCCGGAAUUCCCCGAUCUGCCCGCUUUUCAAAAUCUUUCCAAUGUUUUUCAACAAAGGAACCACACGGUCGGACUGCACGGACAGAAAUGGAAUUGGAGCCCGAGAGAACUCGAGGACACACUCAGAUCUGCGCUGCAACAGGCAUCUCAAUUUCGACCGCUGGUGAUCCUGGUUGACGCGCUCGACGAGCUUGGUACAGAGGUGGCAACCAAUGUGAUUGAUUUCUUUCACAGUAUGGUCACUCAUCUUGAAGAUGAUUCCGAGUUCCGAGUAUGCUUGUCUUGUCGACAUUACCCUACACUCACCCUGGACGAGUGCCUCCGGAUUGUCGUGGAAGAAAAGAGCAACCGAGACAUCCACACCGUUGUCAGGGAAAAGCUUCGCGGAAUACCAAACUCGCAAGGCCUGGAGGACUUGGUCGUCGAGAAGGCCAAUGGCAUUUUCCAGUGGGCCGUCUUGGUCGUCGCUCACAUUCGGCAAAAACAUCUGCAGGGAAACCCGCCUGCAACGCUUGGGGAGACAGUCCAAAGGUUUCCCGGUAACUUGCACUCUCUAUACUCGACUUUACUGCAUCAGUCAACAGAAGACAGGGCACAGACGAUUCGACUUCUUCAAUGGAUCUGUUUCUCAAACGAGCCGAUGACUCUUGAUCUGAUCCUCCCUGCAAUCGUCAUAAACGCAGACACUCCAUCAAGCUCAAUCGAAGAGUAUGUGACCGCCCAAGAAUUUGGAAAGUCUGAAGCAGAAGUUGUGCGAAAAAUCCGCUAUCUUUCCAAGGGUCUUGUCGAAAUUUCCGCUGGAUUUUCUCGUAAGACUACUACUCUCCAUUUUAUCCACCAAUCUGUACCCGACUAUUUUUUGACUGGCGGCUUCGGCGAGCUUGACUGUUCCCUUCAAAUGCACUCCGUGGAACGCGGACACUUGCAGCUCGCAAAAACGUGCAUCCAGUACUUCAACAUGAACGAAGUCAAAGGUGUAGUCUGGAAUAUGAGUCAUGGCGAUUGUCAAGGAGCCAUAGAAGCCAGUACGAAAUUAAAACCAUUUCUCUACUACGCUCUCACAAACUGGCCUCGGCAUGGAAAGCUGGCUGAAAGUCUGGACGAGGGUCCUCACUGUCUGCUCAAACCAUUCGACUUGCCUGCGGAUCCUUUCGUCUACGAGAAUUCAUCAACGGCCGGGCGUAUCUAUGCGUUCGGCCAUUACGGACUCUAUCCUGGGAAGUCGUAUCCCUCCAUUCUUCAAAUCUCUCGUUUUCAUGGGAACCCAAUUGUGCACAUGUUAGCAGAACAUGGAAUGUGGCGCACCAUCGAGCUUCUGAAACACCAGACAGAAAUCUCCCUGCACACCAACAUUGCACACCCGGACGCGGACGAAGAAGUCAAAAGAAAGUGGCCGUUGACUGCAGCAAUUCGGAACGGGCAGAUAGAAACCGUUGAGCUUUUGCUACGCUUCCCUGAGGUUGACGUCAACUGUACGUCGAGUGACUGGGACAGAAAGAAGCCUUUGCACAUAGCUGCGGCCGUGGGACACCGAGAGAUUGCCGAACAGCUCCUCAAACAUGUUGACGUUGACCCAGAUUGCAUUGACGAGAGAGGUCGAUCACCCCUAUCUCGUGCAGCAAUGGAACCAAAGUCUUCGGGUGUCGUGGAAGCACUUCUGAAAGAUUCAAGAGUCGAUCCAGAUUCCAAAGAUAACGUCGGCCGAAGCCCACUCUCGUACGCGGCCGAGGCAGGGAACACGCAAAUUGUGCAGCUCCUCCUCGACACUGGAAAUGUGGAUCCCAACGCCAAAGAUGAUCGAGAGGUCCCAGCUCUGGGCUUAGGUGAGUGGGAUACCUUUUCGCCGCUAGACGAUUCGUUUAGGACGGAUCAAGACCAAACGCCCAUACAUCACGUUAAGAUGGAUGAAGGCCAAACGCCCCUGCAUUAUGCAGCUGAGAAAGGACACACGGCUGUUGUGGAACUUCUAUUGGCUACUGGGAGAGUGGACCCGAGUGCGAGAACUGCUUUGGGCAUUACACCGCUGUCUUACGCCGCUUUCUAUGGACACGGGGCAGUCAUGCGCAUAUUGCUGGAUACCGGAAAUGUUGAUCCGAACUCCAGAGACAUACUUGGAAGAACUCCGUUUCAUUUUGCAACCAUGGCGUAUCAAUCCAAAGACAUACCUCCAGAUGCGGUCGUCAACCUUCUUGAAGCCAGAACGGCGGACCUGGAUGCGAAGGACACGCUGGGGCGCACACCGCUCUCUUAUGCCGCUAAGCAGGGGCAUUCGAGUUUGCUGAAAUUUCUGUUGUCCAAGCAGUUCCAAUUCGACUUGAGCUCGAAAGAUGCAAGCGGAAAAUCUCCAGUUGAUUACGCGCAAGAGAGGGAGCUGGAAUGGUCUGCUAUACUAAAAGAAUACCCGACGUCAACGCAGUUGUAUGCGAACGAAGCGGAGGAAGCGAGGGAAAGCUUGGAGGCUCUGCAGGAAAGACUGGCAGCAAUGUUGAACUCGUAG